UUAAAAAAAAGAAUUUUUUUUCUCGGGAAAAAGAGUUUCCAAACAGAAAAUACAAGUUCAGAUACAGACUUCUCUCCUCUGUCUCUGAAUAUAUACAAACAUAUAUUCACGUACUCGCAGACCACACCACUCUCUCUCUCUCGAGCAAAAUUCUGAUCUUGUUUUUUAUCGUUAUCCAAACCCUUCGAUCUUGUUCCUUGUUUUCUUCCGCUUCCAGUCUGUUCACGGUUCCCUCUGCAUUUUCUCGAAUUUUCAGCGAGGUCUGUCAAUGGCUACCCAUGGUUGAAGUUUCUUAUGCCAAAGACUGUUACCAAUUCAAAGCUUGUACCUUUGUCUUAAAGAAGAAUAGGUUUUUCAGAAUUCGAUACUCUUCAUUCGUUUCUUCAUAUGUUUUUGGGCGAAUGUGUUGGAGUUACUGUCGUUUCCAAGACUUGGAAAUCACAGAAAGCAUUCACUGUCAUUGUUAAUGCCCGUGUGAUACAUAUCUCUGCUCUUAAGAACUUGGAGAAUUAGCACAUAGAUUAGAGGGGCAUAAAGGUGUAUCAUAUUUUGAAGAAUUUAGAUGGGUAAUAAGCUCGGGAGGAAGAGGCAAGUGGUCGAUGAGAGGUAUACGAGGCCACAAGGGUUGUAUAAUAAAGAUGUCGACAUUAAAAAGCUCAGGAAACUGAUUUUAGAGUCUAAGCUUGCUCCGUGCUAUCCUGGGGAUGAGGAGAGUUUCCAUGAUCUCGAAGAAUGUCCAAUUUGCUUCCUGUACUAUCCGAGCCUCAAUAGGUCGAGAUGUUGCAUGAAGAGCAUUUGUACAGAGUGUUUUUUGCAGAUGAAGAAUCCUUGUUCCGCCCGCCCUACUCAGUGCCCUUUCUGUAAAACAUCCAAUUAUGCUGUUGAGUACCGGGGAGUAAAGACAAAGGAGGAAAAAGGCAUGGAACAAAUUGAAGAGCAGCAGGUUAUAGAAGCUCAAAUUAGGAUGAGACAGAAGGAACUUCAAGAUGAAGAAGAAAGAAUGCAAAAACGACUGGAAUCAUGUUCUUCCAGCACGAGUGCAGUGACCGCUGAGAUGGAGUAUGGUUCAGCUUCAGCUCAAUCAUAUAAUUCUCCUGCGGAGGAUCAGGAUGCAUGUGUCGCAUCAACAGAUAGACAACCACCAUGUCUUCUGGGAAACAGCUUCCAUUGCAGGAAUGAUGAGUUUGAUGUUGAUAUUGAGGACUUAAUGGUCAUGGAAGCAAUAUGGCUCUCCAUCCAGGAAAACGGCAUGCACAGAAAUAAUACAUGUGGGGAGAUCACCUCUUCUGGACAGUAUGUAGCAGAAGAAGAUCAUUAUGUUUCACCAUCUAUGGCGCCUGUUAUAAGAUCAUCGUUGCCCUCGUAUUCGUCUCCAUCUCCAUCUGCCGGGAUGGCCUGCGUUGUCGCAGCCAUGGCUGAAAACCGGCGAAUGGUUGGUGAAUCCUCCAGGAACGAUAUCCAAAACAUGAAUGCUUCCUCGUACAACAUGCUUCCAAGCAUUUGUACCGGCUAUUACAAUAACGUAGUGGUAAACCAAGAGGUGGGUGAUAACACUUACCUCAACGACGAGGAAACAGUUCAUGGAUCGGUGAAUGUGGGCGAGGCAGGAAUGAGCCAUGCAACAGGCUCUGACAUGACCGACGAAGAUAGUGCCAGUGAGAUUUCCAGGGAGGCUUCAGAAAGAUUCCAGAAUCUUCCACCUCCAUUAAUUGUUCCGGAGAGUUUUGAGGAGCAGAUGAUGUUGGCCAUGGCGGUGUCUCUUGCAGAGGUUCAUGCCACGCAAGCUUACCGACAGGAGUCGCAUGGCGAUGAGAUGAUGAUGCAGAGGUAAUAGAGUUAAGAUACAGUCAUUGCCAUCUUUAUUCGGAAAUGGGUGAUUGAGAUUGUUAGUUUAAGGAUCGAAAAGAGGGCAGCAGUGAUGGUUAUGAUCGAUUCAUAUAUAUAUAUAUGUUCGAUAGGAGAACACAGAAGAUUUGUAGUGUAAUAGAAAGGUCGGUUUCUCGGUCAGUUGCGUAACUGUGUUCCUUAUAUUAACAUCUCUAACGGUUCUUGGGGGUGGUUGUCUUGUCUUCUUGAAA